AUGGCCGCGGCGGGCAGCGGCGUGGCGGCGGCGGCGGCGGCGGAGGCGGGGGCGGCGUUCAGCACCGCGAACAGCGGCCGGGUGAACGGGCUGAGCCGCCCGCCCGGCGCCAUCGCCAUGAAGGAUCACGACGCCAUCAAGCUGUUCGUGGGGCAGAUCCCGCGCAACCUGGAGGAGAGCGACCUCAAGCCGCUCUUCGAGGAGUUCGGCCGAAUCUACGAGCUCACCGUCCUCAAGGAUCGCUUCACCGGCAUGCACAAAGGCUGUGCCUUCCUCACCUACUGCGCCCGCGACUCGGCCCUGAAGGCACAGAGUGCCCUGCAUGAGCAGAAGACACUGCCAGGGAUGAACCGCCCCAUCCAGGUGAAGCCAGCUGACAGUGAGGGCCGAGGAGAAGACAGGAAGCUCUUUGUGGGCAUGCUGGGGAAGCAGCAGAGUGAGGAUGACGUCCGGCGCCUCUUUGAGCCCUUCGGCCAGAUCGAGGAGUGCACCAUCCUCCGGGGACCCGACGGGGCCAGCAAAGGUUGUGCCUUUGUGAAGUACGGCAGCCACGCCGAGGCCCAGGCUGCCAUCAACAGCCUGCACGGCAGCCAAACCAUGCCGGGCGCCUCGUCCAGCCUGGUGGUGAAGUUCGCGGACACGGAUAAGGAGCGGACCCUGCGGCGGAUGCAUCAGAUGGCAGGGCAGCUGGGCAUCUUCAACCCCAUGACCAUCCAGUUCGGCGCCUACGGAGCCUACACGCAAGCGAUCAUGCAGCAGCAGGCAGCCCUGAUGGCAGCGGCGCAGGGGACCUGCCUGAACCCCAUGGCUGCCAUCGCCGCCGCCCAGAUGCAGCAGAUGGCCGCCUUCAACGUCAGCGGGCUGGUGGCCGCCCCGCUCACCCCCUCUUCAGGUACCAGCACCCCCCCCGGGAUCAGCACGGCGCCCGUGCCCAGCAUCGCUACACCCAUCGGGGUCAACGGCUUCAGCCCCCUGCCGCCACAGACCAACGGGCAGCCUGCCUCCGACACCAUCUACACCAACGGCAUCCACCCCUACCCAGCUCAAAGCCCCACGGUGGCAGAUCCCCUCCAGCAGGCCUACGCAGGCAUGCAGCACUAUGCAGCAGCAUACCCCACCGCCUACGCACCCAUCAGCCAAGCCUUCCCCCAGCAAGCUCCCCUCAUCCCGCAGCAGCAGCGAGAAGGUCCCGAGGGCUGUAACCUGUUCAUUUAUCACCUGCCCCAGGAGUUCGGGGACGCGGAGCUCACACAGAUGUUCUUGCCCUUCGGCAACGUCAUCUCUGCCAAAGUCUUUGUGGACCGUGCCACCAACCAGAGCAAAUGCUUUGGGUUCGUCAGCUUCGACAAUCCAACGAGUGCUCAGGCAGCCAUCCAGGCCAUGAACGGCUUCCAGAUCGGCAUGAAGAGGCUAAAAGUGCAGCUAAAGAGGCCGAAAGAUGCCAACAGACCCUACUGA